UACACGACUACGAUGGUAGACAAUUUUAUUGAAGUGCCACCUAGUGAAAAUUACUUAAAAUAUGUUCCGACACAAACGCAGACAACUGUUCGUUCCAUCAUCGACCCUCGCGGCGUGCUUACGUUAUUUCACGUACGCGCAACGCUCAACGAACUCGCCUCCAACGAGUUGCUAUGGAUAUGAGUAUUUAUGCGGAUACCACAACAAUACGAAAAUCCAUAGAGUGGUGUACCAUUGCAUUCGGGUUAAGUCGACGCGAACAAUACGCGUGUUUAUCUGUCGGAUUGAAACACUCGUAGAAAUAAUUACCCGUGAACUAAUUAUAAGUCGUAGGUUGAACACAUUAAAAAUAUGAUACUAUCACGUGUAAAACCUGCGGUAGAACCGCAACCAGAGAAAGCUCAACCGACGAGCCAUAAGGUAAAUGCCAAGGAUUUCAUCGAAAAAAGGGACUACACUGGAGCUUUGACAGUUUUAAAAUUUGAAUUAGAAAAAUUGAAAGAAGACGUGGAUUUAGAACAAUGGCUUGCGUAUUGCUAUUUUCAUUUAGGCGAUUACAAUAACGCAAUGUUAAUUUACAAAAACCUUAGCGAAUUUUCAAAACCAAAACAUGUAUAUGUUAAUUUAGCAUGUUGCUAUUUCUACUUGGGCAUGUACCCGGAAGCUGUUGAAGCAUUAGAAAAGUCCGAAAUAUCGGACGUAAAAACUCGAUUACAAUUUCAUUUGGCACAUAAACAAGGCGAUGAAAAAAAGCUUAUGGAGUAUCAUGAAAUUUUAGCGGAUGUGGUUGAAGACCAACUGUCGCUAGCGGCUAUACAUUAUCUCAGAUCACAUUAUCAAGAGGCAAUUGAUAUUUAUAAAAAGUUGAUAAUUAAUAAUCGGAAUUUUUUAGCAUUGAAUGUUUACAUGGCUCUUUGUUAUUACAAAUUAGACUUUUAUGAUGUCUCUCAAGAAAUUUUAGAUGUAUAUAUUAAAAAAUAUCCAGAUUCCAUGAUUUUAACUAAUUUGAAAGCUUGUAAUUUAUACAAAUUAUAUGAUGGAAAAGCAGCUGAGGCAGAGUUAAAAAACCUUAUAGCAAGAAGAUCGUUGACAUUUAAAUUUUGUGAAGAUUUAAUCAGACACAAUAUGGUUGUGUUUCGUGAAGGAGAAGGUGCAUUACAAAUCUUACCGGGUCUUAUUGAUAUUCUUCCAGAAGCUCGUCUUAAUUUAGUCAUAUAUUAUUUGAGACAAGGUGUAAAUGAAGAAGCAUAUGAGUUAAUUAAAGAUUUAGAACCUGCCAUUCCGCAGGAAUAUGUUUUGAAAGCUAUUGUUAAUGUGGUCGUUGGUCAAGAAAAAGGAGAUGCAAAGCAAAUUGAGAAUGGACAGAGUUUAUUCAAUAUGGUAGGAAGUAGUUCUAGUGAAUGUGAUACAAUACCAGGUCGACAAUGUAUGGCUUCAUCCCUAUUUUUAGAAGGACGUUAUGAUGAAGUUAGCUUAUAUUUGAGUUCAAUAAAAAGUUAUUUUUCAAAUGAUGAUAGUUUUAAUUUUAAUUUUGCUCAGGUUAAAUUAGCUUUAGGUGAGUAUAAGGAAGCUGAAGAAAUGUAUUUGCAAGUUAAAAAUACAAAAAUACAAGAGAGUUUUAUUUUUAUUAAUCAUUUAACACAUUGCUUUAUUAUGAAUAAAAAACCACAAUCAGCAUGGGAUUUAUAUUUGAAAAUGGAAAAUUCACAAGAUUCAUUAAUAAUUUUACAAUCUAUUGCAAAUGACUGUUAUAAAACUAAUCAAUUUUGGCAAUCAGCUAAAGCUUUUGAUAUGCUUGAAAGGUUGGAUUUGUUGCCUGAGUAUUGGGAAGGAAAACGUGGUGCUUGUGCGGGUAUAUUUCAACAAAUUGUUCUUGGCAAUCAACCAAAGGAUCUAAUAGCCGAUGUUAUUCAAUUAUUAAGAAAUUCUGCAAAUUCUCAAGUCGAACAAAUUAUUAAAAUGAUGAAGAAAUGGGCAAAAAAUAACAAAGUAGUUGUUUAGGUGUAUCAAUUGGUAUGUAUAAUAUAUGUAUCCGUCAUAGAUACAAGACUUUGAUUUACAGUUGAAUAGUCGAACCUCUAUUCCCCUUAUUAUAUAUAUAUAUAAUAAGUAUUGUAUAUUCAAUAUUGUAUUUUAGUGACCAACAUAGCCUUGCACAGACUUCAACUUCCGGUCAAGCAUGGAUACAAUUAGUGCCCCCAUACUUAGACAGUGCUCUUAAUUUUUCUCUAACACUUCAACGUAGUAGAUCUGUUGUAAAUUAAAAACAAUAUAGUAUUUAUAUCUAUACAUAGAAUCAAGUAUUAUAUUGCUAA